ACACUUCACUCCCACCGAUUUGAUUUCUCCCUCAUCCUCCGCCCGCCUCGCCGCGGCCACCGCUUCCUCCAUGUCCGCGCCCGUGGGCCGGCUUCUACUGCUGGUCUCCGCUGUCGCGGUAGGCCUGGCGCUCCCCGUGGCGGCCGAGAUCAAGAAGGAGUCCUUCAGGGAGGACCCGCGCUCGUCCAUCAUGUUCGAGAAAUUCGGCUUCUCCAGGUCCGGCGAGGUCCGGAUCAUCAUCUCGGGCGCCUCCGUCUCCUCCCCCGUCGCGCGGGCCGACCUCAAGCAGCUCGGGUUCUUCCUCGUCUCCGACGAGUCCCUCCUCGACGCCAUCGACGAGGCGCGGGAGGAGGGGCCGACGCCGGAGAAGCUCGUCGCGGCGAGCGACGACGACCCCGACGACGGUGCCGCUGCCGGGUGCGUGCUCGACAGCCCCAGCCCCUACGUGAGGAAGCUCUUCACCUUCAAGAACAUGAAGGGCGGGCACUACAACAGGUCCUUCCCGGUGACCCGCCCCGACGAGUACGCGCUCUUCUUCGCCAACUGCGCCCCGGGGUCGCUCGUCUCCAUGACCGUCCGCACCGAGAUGUACAACGUCGGCGCCGACGGCUCCAAGGACUACCUCCCCGUCGGGCAGGCGCCGCUGCCCGCCAUCCACGGCGUCUUCGCGCUCUGCUACGCCGCGUUCCUGGCCGCCUGGGGGUACCUGACCCUCUCAUCCGUCUCCGCGCAGCAGAUCCACCACCUCAUGUCCGGCCUCCUCGCCGCGCGCCUGCUCUACUGCGUCUCGGCCGCCGAGGACCAGCACCACGUCCGCGCCACGGGGACGCCGCACGGCUGGGACCACGUGGCCUUGUACCUGUUCCAGCUCGUGAAGGGCGUGGUCCUCUUCGCGCUGGUCGGCACGGGCUGGUGCUUCCUGAAGCCGGUCCUGCAGGGGCGGGAGAAGAAGGUGCUCGUGGCCGUGAUCCCGCUCCAGGUGGCCGCGAACGUCGCCGCCGCGGUGGUCGGGGAGGCCGGGCCCUCCCUGCUGCUGCAGGGGUGGGCGACGUGGUGGAACCGGACCCUGCUCCUCGUGGACGUCGCGUGCUGCUGCGCGGUGCUCUUCCCGGUCGUGUGGUCGCACUCGCACCGGGAGACGUCGUCCAAGACCGACGGCAAGGCGGCGCGCAACCUCUCCAGGCUCACCCUGUUCCAGCGGUUCUACGCCGCGGUGAUCGGGUACCUGUACUUCACUAGGGUCGUCGUGUACGCGCUCAGGACGGCUGCCAGCUACAGGUACCGGUGGGCGAGCGUCUUGGCGGAGGAGACGGCCGCCCUGGCGUUCUACCUGUUCAUGUUCCACACGUUCAGGCCGGCCGAGAAGAGCCACUACUUCUGUCUCCAUGACGACGACGACGACGACGAGAUGGUGCUCCGAGAAGAGGAACUCGAGCUAUGAACAGAUAGAUGCAGCAAUCAGCAGCAGCCCCAUGUCUCGUUUGAACCAUGCUGUAUAUUCUGCGUGUGGUAAUCCGUCCUCGUCAUUUCGUUCGGCACAUUUUGACUUUGUUGUGCCAGGAAUCAACGUGACGCUCUGCGGUUUUCUACGUACUGACGACCAGCAUGUGUAGAAAGAAAGUGGCACGCGCCGUUCCUUUUCCCUGCCCCACCUUGUCCUAUGUGUCUUCUGAAAUUCCCUGCGACGCUUUGCUGCGUCUGCGUUAUUAUUGUCUCACGGUACGUUGUGGUCACACACACAUGUACACACGCUCGCGUGAUUAAAGAAGGCACAAAGCAUCGCUAGAUUUAUUU